AUGGACGGCAGUGUAGUCGUGCAUCUGCUCCUCCUCCUCCUCCUCCAUGGUGGCGUCGCCAGUGCGAAUAACACUUGCUGGCCCUUUCUCCUGGCCCCUACCAGCCGUUGCUGUGUCUUUGACAUGUCGCUGUGCGGACCGAAGAGAGGGCCAUUCCAUUGCCUUGUCGCCACCCCCAAGCAAGUAGGCUGGAGUUUAAUUAAGCCUGCGUUUGCCGAGCCUGAGAAAGACGUCUCUAUCCGCUUGGGGGCCUACACGUAUCCGGCUCGCAGGGAGCAUGUGACUAUCCUGGACAACGAGGAGCCUCGGUCUGCCGUCGGGCGGUGCCUGAUGCUGAUAACUGUGUGUGGGUACGUGCCAUCUGUCUGUCAGAACAAGUCGGACGGUAGAAGACGUGUAGAAACAGGGGGAAGCGAAAACCUAACGGCAUCGAGUAAAAGGUGGCCCUUCGUCGCCCUACCCAUGGCCAAGCGAGAAACAGCCUGA